AUGGGAACUACACCAACACUCUGGCACGAGGAUGAUCCUCACGACAACGAAAUGCUACAACACGAGAUCAGGAAGUGGUCUCGAAGUAACACUAUGGGAGUCCUUCUAUCGCAACUCGGCUUUAAAGUACACCCGAACUCAGGAAAAGCCAAUCUCCUGGCACAGCAGGUGAUACGCUGGUCCUGGGAGAUCGAGAGCGUACAGACAAGCAGCUCCAGACGAGGACUGACAUAUCACCCCGUGCGCACAGCUUGGUUGUGGAUGGAGGAGUACGGGGCCGAGAUAUGGCCUGAGGAGAUCGAGAAGAGAAAACACCUGGAUCCUUCAAUUGGUUUCGUAUACUUCCGCGACCGAUCUACGCCCAGCGAGGCACACACUGAGAACAGCCUGGAUAUCGAUGACAAUAUUGCCGACUUCUGCUUCAAGAAGGGCACGCUGCAUCCGCAUAACUCGAUGUUUCAGAGUGUAUUGCGGUAUUUUGCUAGCGUGCAUGCUGGUCUCUGGAAAGAUGUCGACUUUACGGUCUGUAGAAAUUGGACCGCUGCAGAGUUGAUGGCAGACUUCCUUGAAUCAGAGCCAUGGAUCCCGUCAGAAGAUCUUCUUCCACUUUACUACGAUGGCAUGCUCUCCGGAUCCGAGGAAGGUUCCGAGAGCUGUGACUGCAGCGCUUGCAGUAGUCCACGAAGGUCAGCAGCAUCGAAGAAGCGUCCCACAAUCUUCGAGUAG